AAAUACUAUUAAAACAAUUACUUCCACUUUGAACAUGUUGGCUGUCGUUGCGCGUGCAAGAGUCAGACAAUCGUUCAAGAAUUGGUCGUAUGAUUUGCGACUAUUCCGUUGGUUCUAUAAAGAAUACGAAGAGCAAAGAGAAUUGCCGCACCACAACUAUGCCAGCGAGGCAACUAUCGAGAUCCCCGAUACUUUCAAAUGCAUUCGUCUGGAAACAUUUCCAUCUAAAACCAUAACUAUAAAUACGGAACAAGCAGAACGCAUAUAUAAACAAAUGGCUACCAUACGGCGUUUGGAAACUGUUGCGAAUGCUAUGUAUAAGGCUAAAAUCGUGCGCGGUUUUUGCCACCUCUACUCUGGACAGGAAGCUGUUUGUGUGGGCAUACAUGCUGCAAUGCGUCCCACGGAUCACCUUAUUACGGCAUACCGUUGCCACGGUUGGUGCUAUUUGAUGGGUCUUAAGCCAGUGGAAAUACUCGCCGAAUUGGCUGGACGUGAGUCGGGCUGUCAGCGGGGUAAAGGCGGAUCCAUGCAUAUGUACAAUAAAAGAUUCUACGGUGGUAAUGGCAUUGUGGGUGCACAGGUGCCUCUGGGCGCUGGAAUUGGACUUGCAUUAAAAAAUGAAGCGAAAGGUAACGUUUGUGUGGUUUUGUACGGAGAUGGUGCCGCCAACCAAGGACAAAUAUUUGAAGCAUAUAAUAUAGCUUGUCUUUGGCGUUUGCCGGUAAUUUUUGUUUGUGAAAAUAAUGAAUACGGUAUGGGCACAAAAAUGCAUCGUUCUUCGUGUUCUAUUGAAUAUUACACACGUGGUGUGCCAUUGCCUGGUAUUUACGUCGAUGGUAUGAAUAUUUUGGCAAUGCAUAAUGCUGCGGAAUUCGCUAUUGGCUUUGUUCAAAAAGAAGGACCAAUUAUCAUAGAAGCGCAUACAUAUCGAUAUUUUGGUCAUUCAAUGUCGGAUCCGGGCACAAGUUACCGUACACGCGAUGAGGUUGCGGAAGUGCGUAGCAAACGUGAUCCUAUAAGUUAUUUCAAAGAAAUAGCUAUAUCGCAAGGCUUAUUAGCCGAGGAUCAGUGCAAAAAAAUAGAUGAGGACAUUCGGAAGAACAUCGAUGAAGCAGCUGAAAAGGCUAAGAAAUCCAAUGAAGUAAAAAAGGAAGAAUUGUGGGCAGAUGUUUAUAUGGAUAAUAAGGAAGUGGGUAUACGUGAUACGAUCGGGAAUCGACAUAAACAUUUCCAUGCGGGCAAGACACUUGAAAAAGAUCAUAUUAAGUUAAAAUCAUUUACACCGGACACCAAAUUGGAGCCUAAAGAUAUACCAUUGGAAAUAAAGGAGUGGGAGGCGCAGAUGGAAGCGAUAAAAGAUGUGGAAAAAGGUAAAAAAUCCAAUCAGACAUCCAAAUCGAAUAACAAGCCCGAGAAGAAAUAAUUGCUAGUAGCGAGAAAAGGUAGAAAGGAAAUAAAAAUGGUUAUAAAUUUCUUUUGAGGCAUUAAAUAAAUUAUAAAAUUCUACUUUCAUAUAUGUAUAUGCA